UUCAAAGUGUAUUGAUCGCCGUGACGUCAUCAUUAAUGGUGGCCACAGAUCGAGAAAGAAGCAAAUCGCACAACCGAUCGACGAUUAGCUGUCCAUUUACCGCUGCAGGUUCCUUCCAGUGACUUUAUAGCUCUGUAUAUGAACCUAGACAGCCGAUUGAACUCGAUUCCAUUCCACUGAAAUGGCAGGAAAUUACUAUUUUGCCAUAGUAGGGCACCACGACAACCCUAUCUUCGAGAUGGAGUACGCCCCUCCCAACAAACCAGCGGAGACCAAGAAGGACGACCACCGACACCUGAACCAGUUCAUCGCCCAUGCAGCGCUGGACCUGGUGGAGGAGCAGAUGUGGAUGACGAACAACAUGUACCUGAAGACAGUGGACAGGUUUAACGAGUGGUUUGUGUCCGCCUUUGUGACGGCUGGCGGAAUGCGCCUCAUCAUGCUGCACGACCAGAAAAAUGAAGAUGGCAUUAAGAACUUCUUCCAGGAUAUGUACGAGACUUACGCCAAACACGCCAUGAAUCCAUUCUACGAACCAAAUACGGUCAUCAAGUCACAGGCGUUUGAAAGAAAGGCACAGUUCUACGGCAAAAAGUACUUGACCGGGUGACAAUCAUAAUGACUUUGGGCCACUGUGAUUGAAAUUACAACGUCGCCAGUUUACAAUCCAAUGAUUAAGAGUGACUCAUAAAGCUAUGUAUUAAAUUGAACAGAGAAUAUAUGAAAAACUAUAAAAAUGGAUGUAGUAUCACAAUGGAUUUAUAUUUAUUUGAUUCAUUGUUUGAAGUACUGGUGUCGUGUUCUUGUAAUGAUGAUGGCUGUUCUUUACUGCUGAAGAUCAAUGGGAAGGUUCCUCUAAUGAGACCUUGUGUAACCAACACCAAUUUUGUUUAUGUUAUCAACUCUUAAGUUACAUGCAAUAUUACUACAAUGUACAUGCAGAUUGACUAACACUGAACCCCAACUGCAAUGAUACAAUUGCUCUACUAUAUACAGUACCAAGAAAGGAGCUCUGAGCAAAUGGAGUACUUUGUUAGAAAAAGGAUGUACGAUUAUGAUGAAUAUUGUUAUACAUCUCUGUAAUUGUAUGAAAAAGUAAUCUGUUCAUAUAGAAUAAAUGUCAUUCAUUUUUCUAUUGAAAAUAUAUUUGGCUUCAUUGUAGCCACUGGUAUUUCAGUUUUGUUUGUUAGUAUUGGAUUAUACUGUUAUGGUCUUUUUCCAGCCAGUCCAACUGCUUUUAUUCAAGGUAAAGUGUAAUCUGAAAUUUAACCAGAACUCAUUAAAAAGAGUAGUAGUAGACUCAUAUGUGGACUCCUCACUGUAGCAUAGCUACAUUUAUGUGAAUGGUAAACCACAUGUUAGCAAAACUAGGAAACUGGCAAAAAUGUUAUGAUCUUUUUGCCAGUUUUGGAACACAUCAUUACA